AUGAUAGCAAAACCACAAACUCAUGCAAAUCCUAGAGUGCUUUACGCUGUCCUAAAAACAUUGAGGUCCUUAGGUGACCGUUUCUACUUAUGCUAUCUUAAGGAGGACGAGAAACAUUUCGUUCAUGUUUUAUCUUUUUUACUUUUCUUAUCAUUUUCAUUUUCUUUUGCACAUUUUCACGAUGUAACACCUUCUAAAGAGUCUGACUCAAAAUAUUCCAACUCCCAUUCAUAUGCAACUCUUCCAUAUCAUGCAAGUUCUACGUCUUUUAAGACGUUAGACUCUUCUACAAAUUCAAAAUCUUCCGAUCACUCAACUGCUGGCUCGAGCUAUUCUAAAGGUUUUGGCUCUUUAUCAAGUUCAGGUGGUUCGGGGUUUGGCACUUUUUCAGGUUCUGGUUCUUUUACGAGUUCCGGCUCUUAUAAGGAUUCCAGUUCUGAUACAGAUUCUAGCUCUUUUAAGGGUUCUAGCUCUUCUUAUUUAUCAGGUUCAAGUUCAACUUCUGGCUCAUCAUCAAGAACAAGCUCUCCUUCAAGUUCCAGUACUUUUAAGAGAUCCGGUUCUUUUAAAGGUUUUGCCUCUUCCACAAGUUCUAACAAUUUUAAAGGUUUUGACUCUUCUACAACUUCUAACUCUCUAUUAGGUUACAGGACUUCUAGGUCAUAUACAAGUUUUAAUUCUUUAUCAACUUUUAGUAAUUCUAAAGGUUUUGACUUUUCGCCAACUUUUAACUCUUUAUCACGUUCUGGUGCUUUAACAGGUUCUGGUUCUUCAUCAAGUUCUAGCAAUUCUAAGGGUUCUGAUUCUUCUAAAACUUCAGACUCUUCAUCAAGUUCUGGUUCUUUAUCAAGUUCUAGCAAUUAUAAGGGUUCAGGCUCUUCUACAACUUCUAACUCUUCAUCAAGUUCCGGUGCAUCUGACUCUUCGAUAAAUUCUGGUUCUUUAUCAGGUUUUGACAAUUCUAAGGGUUCUGGUUCUUCUAAAACUUCUAACUCUUCAUCAGGGUUUGGCACCGCAAGUUCUGGUUCUUUGUCAAGUUCUAGCAAUUCUAAGAGUUCUGGUUCUUCUAAGACUUCAGACUCUUCAUCAAGUUUUGGUUCUUCAUCGAGUUCUAGCAAUUCUAAAGGUUCUGGUUCUUCUACAACUUCUGAUUCUUCAUCAAGUUCCGACAUUUCUGGCUCUUCUAAAAAUUCUGGUUCUAGCAAUUCUAAGGAUUUUGGUUCUUCUAAGACUUCUAACUCUUCAUCAAGUUCUGCCACCACAAGUUCUGGUUCUUCAUCAGGUUCUAGAAAGGGUUCUGACUCCUCUAAAACAUCCAACUCUCAAUCAAAUUCCAGCGCUUCUGACUCUUCUAUAAGUUCUAGUUCUUUAUCAAGUUCUAACAAUUCUAAAGGUUAUGUUUCUUCUAAGACUUCUAACUCUUCAUCAGUUUCUGGAACCAUAAGUUCUGGUUCUUUAUCAGAUUCGAGCAAUUCAAAAGGUUCUAGCUCUUCUGCAACUUCUGACCAUUCAUCAAGUUCCGAUGCUUCUGGCUCUUCUACAAGUUCUGGUUCUUUAUCAAGUUCUAGCAAUUCUAAAGGUUCUGGCAAUUCUAAGAGUUCUAGCCAUUCUACGACCUUUGGCUCUUCCUCAAGUUUAGGCUAUUCUAGCUCUUCUAAAGGUUCUGGUUCUAUAUCAGAUUCUAGUAAUUCUAAAGGUUCUAGCUCUUCUAAGACUUCAGACUCUUCAUCAGGUUCUGGCACUACAAGUUCUAAUUCUUUAUCAAGUUCUAACAAUUCCAAGAGUUCUGUCUCGGCUACAACUUCUGACUAUUCAUCAAGUUCCAGCACUUCUGGCUCUGCUCCAAAUUCUGGUUCUUUAUCAAGUUCUAGCAAUUCUAAAGGUUCUAACUCCUCUAAGACUUCUGAUUCAUCAUCAGGUUCUGGCACUACAAGUUCUAGUUCUUUAUCAGGUUCUAACAGUUCUAAGAGUUCUGGCUCUUCUACAAGUUCAGGCUCUUCAGGCUCUUUUGACUCUUCUAAAAGUUUUGGCUCUUUAUCAGGUUCUAACAAUUCUAAAGAUUCUAGCUCUUCUAAGAGUUCAGGCUCUUCAUCAGAUUCUGGCACUACAAGUUCGAGUUCUUUAUCAAGUUCUAGCAAUUCUAAGGGUUCUGGUUAUUCUGCAACUUCUGACUAUUCAUCAAAUUCCGAUGCUUCUGGCUCUUCUACAAGUUCUGGUUCUUUAUCAAGUUCUAGCAAUUCUAAAGGUUCUAACUCUUCUAAGACUUCUGACUCGACAUCAGGUUCUGGCACUACAAGUUCUGGUUAUUUAUCAGGUUCAAGCAAGUCUAAACGUUCUGGUUCAUCAAGUUCAAGCUCUUCUGACUCUUCGAAAAGUUCUGGUUCUUUAUCAGGUUCUAGCAAUUCUAAGGAAUCUGGAUCUUCUACGACUUUUGGGUCUUCUAAUUCUUCUAAAAGUUCUGAUUCUUUAUCAAGUUCUAACAAUUCUAAAGUUUCUGAUUCUUCUAAGACUUCAGACUCUUCUUCAGAUUCUAGCAUUACAAAUUCUGGAUCCUCAUCGAAUUCUAGUAAUUCUAUGGGUUAUGGCUCUUCCACGACUUCUGACUCUUCAUCAACUUCCAACGCUUCUAGUUCUUCUAAAGGUGCUGGUUCUUUAUCAGGUUUUAACAAUUCUAAAGGUUCUAGCGACUCUAAGGGUUCUAGCUCUUCCCCGACUUUUGGCUCUUCAUCAAGUUCAGGCUUUUCUGAUUCGUCUAAAGCUUCUGGUUCUUUAUCAAGUUCUAACAAUUCUAAAGGUUCUGAUUCUUCUAAGACUUCAAACUCUUCUUCAGAUUCUGGCAUUACAAAUGCUGGAUUCUCAUCGAAUUCUAGCAAUUCUAAAGGUUAUGACUCUUCUACGACUUCUGACUCUUCAUCAACUUCCAAUGCUUCUGACUCUUUAAAAAGUUCUGGUUCUUUAUCAGGUUUUAACAAUUCUAAAGGUUUUGGCUCUUUUAAGAUUUCGGAGUCAUCAUCAGGUUCUGACACUACAAAUUUUGGUUCUUUAACAGGUUCUAGCAAUUCUAAGGGUUCUGGCUCUUCUACGACUUUUGACUCUUCAUCAAGUUCAGGCUCUUCUGAUUCUUCUAAAAGUUCUGGUUCUUUAUCAAGUUCUAACAAUUCUAAAGGUUCUGGUUCUUCUAAGAUUUCAGACUCAUCUUCAGAUUCUGGCAUUACAAGUUCUGGAUCCUCAUCGAAUUCUAGCAAUUCUAAGGGUUAUGGCUCUUCUACGACUUCUGACUCUUCAUCAGCUUCUAAUGCUUCUGACUCUUCGAAAAGUUCUAGUUCUUUAUCAGGUUUUAACAAUUCUAAAGGUUCCUGCUCUUUUAAGCUAUCAGACGCAUUAUCAGGUUCUGACACUACAAAUUUUGGUUCUUUAACAGAUUCUAACAAUUCAAAGGGUCCUGGCUCUUCUACAAUUUUUGGCUCUUCAUCAAGUUCAGGCUUUUCUGAUUCUUCUAGAAGUUCUGGAUCUUUAUCAAGUUCUGACAAUUCUAAAGGUUCUGAUUCUUCUAAGUCUUCAGACUCUUCUUCAUAUUCCGGCAUUACAAGUUCUGGAUCCUCAUCCAACUCUAGCAUUUCUAAUGGCUCUUCUACGACUUCUGACUCUUCAUCAACUUCGGAUGCUUCUAGUUUUUCUAAAAGUGCUGGUUCUUUAUCAGGUUUUAACAAUUCUAAAAAUUUUAACUUUUCUGAGACUUCUGAUUCAUCAUCAGAUUCUGGUAGUACAAGUUCUGGUUCUUUAUCAGGUUCUAGCAAUUCUAAAGAUUCUGACUCUUCAUCAAGUCCAGGCGAUUCUGACUCUUUCAAAAAAUCUGACUCUUUAUCAAAAUCUAAAAAUUCUAACGGUUCUGGCUCUUCUAAAACUUCUAAAUCUUCAUCAGAUUCUGACAUUACAAGUUCUAGUUCUUCGGCAAUUCUAUGUUCUAGCCAUUUUAAGAGUUCUGACUCUUUUAAAACUCCUAAAUCUUCGCCGGGGUCUAGUGCUUCUAGUUCUUCCACAUAUUCGGGUUCUUUAUCAGGUUCUAGCAAAUCAUCAAGGGGUUCAGACGCCUUUGCAUCUUUGGGCUCUUUUAAAGGUUCCGGUUCUUUCUCUACUUGGGGCAAUUCUGCAGCUCCUGGUCCUACAAAUUCGGGCUCUUCCACAAGCUCUAGAUCGUCUUCUUCCAGUCCUAGAAAUUUGGGCUCUUCCACAGGCAUUAGUUCCUCUAAUGCUUCUGGCUUUGCAGCAUCUGGCUCUUCCCAAGGUUAUGGCUCUUUCAAAGGUUCCGGCUCUUUUUCGAGUUCUAAGGCUUCUGACAGUGAAGAAAACAAGAAGGAAACCAACUUUAGUGAUAUUGUUGGGCAUUGUAAAAAACUUCGCGGUUCACUUUUGGCAAGAAUUUUUCAAGGCGCAAACUCAAACUUCAAGGUCGGUAGUAGAUCAAGUAAUGGUCGCUUGGUUGUUGAUUUCCUUUGUGAUGAUCUCAACAUACCCAAAUUACAGCCAUAUAAAGCCAUUUCUGCAAACUCUGCUGUCAACUGGAACUCCGGAGUGAACUUCGCAGUAGGAGGUGCAACAUCUCUUUCACGCGACUUUUUUGCUAAUCACAGAAUCGGUCACACCCUGUUGUGGAAAGGCAUUCCACUAGGCUUCCAAACACAAAUAGAAUGGUUCAACAAGUUUCAGACGGAAAUAGCCUGCAAUGGGAAGUCCGAGGAAGAAUGCAAGACAGAAAUAGGAAACAGCCUCAUUUGGCUUGGACAAAUAGGCGUAGAUGACUUUGCUCGUGUCAUAGGGUCUUCCAUUUCCAUGCGGUGGCUUACAGAUUUAACCCUUGGUCAUAUCUCCAAAAUUCUUACGGUAUGUAUGUAUGCCUUCAAAGGAAAUCUCUUUAUAUAA